CGUGCUUAUAUAACCUAGAGCUCUUUCCCUUGUUGGGGUAUUUCCACUGACUUAUACAGAGACCGCUUCUCUUAGGAAACAAGCAAGCAAGAAAACAUGGCUGUGAACAGAGAGUGGACAGAAUAUGAAAACUCCAGAGGCCAUGAUGUAACGUGCUGUGAGGGUGAGCAUGUGAGUUUAUCGGAGCUGAAAGCCGACCCUGGAGUGGACACUCACUACCUGAGGAAGAAAAACAUCCCGCCUUAUCCAAAAUCCGUGCUCUUCCGUGUAUCUGAAGUGUGUCACGUGACUGGGGAGAGUGGCGUUCGGGGUAUCUUUGAUGAUGGCGGCUUCCAGAUUCCAUACCAUGAUGAAUAUGACAAAGAGAACUUCCUGUGGUGGAGUCUAUCAGUGACUGAGGAAGACAUUGCUGAUGCUGAGGAGAAUUUCCUAGAGGAGUUAGGCAUGACUCCAGAUGACCAGGCCUACGACCAGCAGCCUUUCCUGGAGAAGUUCACCACCUCACCGGCAUUCCAGAACAAGUCUCGCUACGGCAACUUCUGCUUUGUCUUUCCUCUAAGAGAGCUCCUGUCUCUGUAUGCCAGGCAAUUUUGUUACAAUUCUGCUCCAGUUCUUCGUGUGUUGGACACCAAGAUCUACAAAACAGAAAUUAUGUACUCUGUGUUGGUGCAUCCACGGCACAUUAAGCGCUAUAGCCAAUACCCACGCCUGCCCCGUGGUGACGACGACGUGUGUGGGUACUUCCAGGGCAACAUGUCAUGGCGCUGUCAGGCCCCGUCAGAAAGUCAUGGCCACAGGCUAGUGGUGGACGAAGAGGAGUCCACAGUGCAUGCAAGGUCACUUAAGGGUGAGGAGUAUUAUGUGUGGGAUCAUGUGGCUGUAGCCUUCCACAUGGAGCCAGGCCGGAUUCUGGACGUGGAUCGGGAGCGACUGUACAGAAGUGUGAGCACAUGUGAGGUCCCUGAAUGGAAUCUCCUGAGGGAGCCAGACUAUGGCCUUGAUGAGUAUGAAGCCUAUGAAAUAUUAGAAAACUUGGCUCUAGAGUAUGGUUUAGGCUUCUGAUACUACUAUUGAUCAGGGGUGUUAAAAUCCUAUUCCUGGCAAUUUGGUGACUGCAAACAUUUUUUAGAAUCCCAACCAAACACUUCCAACCCAUGUAGUCCAGGCGAUGAGACCAGGGUAGUUACUCAAAAAGUAAUCCAUUACAAAUGGAUACUUCUGAUACUUUAUUUAGAAAGAAAUAGCCAGUUGAGGUAAACAAUCAUUUAAAGGCAUAUCACUGUCCCUGACUUUUCUCUGAACAAGACAAAGACAUUAUGCUGUUUGAAAACCUAAAAACUGGUCAAAAGAAGCACAGUUCAGUAGUUGAGAGUAAACAAAGUCAUUCAGAGUGAUCUGAUGUUAAAUUGUAGAGAAACUUACUGACUCAUAUUUCCUUACAGUGGUGGUGAUAGGAACCAGGGGUCGCUAUGUCUACAACACUAAU